CUAAAAUCGGACAACAGGUUUAGGAGAUUCGAGACAUCAAAAAUCACCCAUUUUUAAGGUGUCCCAUUUUUUUGGCCAGGAAUGUAAAUUAGAGAAUGUAUGAAUUCAUCUUCAUUACUUUGUACAUAAUUGCUAAGAGUUUUUUUUAUUAAAUACAUUUCCUGUAUUUUAGAUAAUUUUCAAAAGGCCUUAAAAAAGAAAAACAAUCAGAGGAUACAUCAAACCUUGAUACCCCAGGUGAUGAAAAAACUGUAGUUAAGGUUCGUGCAAGAGUUCGACCUUCCAGAUUCAGAGAUUCUGAUGAUUCUGCUAAUGAAAAUUCCAUGAUUAGGCUAAAUCUGGAUAACUUGUUGAACAGAGUAUUUGUAUUUUUGUUAUUGUGCAAAAUUAAAUUUUCCAUAUUUCAUUAUUUUCAUUUCAUCUAAAAUUAAAUUACAUAGGAUUAUGACUUGUUAUUAUCUCUUUCCUGUGAAAUUUCUGACCUAGUAUACUUAAUUUUGAACUGAUAUUCAGAUGUGAAUUAUGUAUUUUAUUACAUAAUUACAUAUAAUUAACAAGUUUCUACAUAUUAUGUUUAUAUUUUCCAAAAUGUGUAGUAAAAGAAAGUAGAUGUGCAUUAUAUAUUAAUCUAUAUGUUUUUUAGACUGUUCAAGUACCUGCUCAACUCAAAGAGACACAACAGAGUUCUCGUCAACGAAAUACAUUUUGACACCUUUGGGAGAAAAUGCUUCUAACUUCUCCAAAUUCCAUGACACCUUAGUUGGUGCAGUUGGUAAUGAUUGUUGCAACACAAAUUUCUUACCUAUUUUAAUCAAAAUACGUGAGCAGAACACGCAGAUUCUGAAUCUAUUGAAAGGUGAUGCUGGAGAAGUCACAAGCAAUGAGUUUAAUGAUAAAUUGCCUAUAAAGUCAAUGGAAGACAUUUACUUUAUAAAUAACGAAAUAAAGAAUAAUAACGAUAAGUGGAAGUCGUUGGUUUCUUGUUUGGCCUCUUUGGGAGGAGAUACUGUUGUUUCAAGGACCAAUAGAAUCUUAAAACAUUUAAUAACAGAUAGUGUGGCGAAAGGGUUUAAUUUUAGAGGGAGGAAUGAUAAAGCAGCUUUCAACAUUUUGGAAUUUUAUAAGAUUAUUAUUUAUGUUGUUAAAAGCAAAAUAACCACAGCACAGGAAAUUGAUAUUGAACAGGCCAUAAAAAAUUGGCUAAAACAUGCUCCUCAGAGGGAAAAAGUGAGAAAUAACAAAGCUGAAAACCAAGUGUAAUCUAGAUUUUUCUAUUUCUAGAAAAAACAUUUCUGUGUGUUUUGUGUGUGUUUUGUGUGUGUGCUGUUCUGAUAUUUCACUAUUGUCAGACAGCAAAAUAAAGUUGAGUAAUAAUUAAGCUUAGUAGUAAUUAAGGUUUGUAAACUUUAGGUUAAGGUUAGGCACCUUCACCUUAGUGUAAGUUAAAUAUUUGUGUUGUAAUGUUAUAAUUUGUUUGUAUAUAGGUCAGUGUUUAAUAGAACAAUUAGUCAACAUAAUGUAUAGGAAAUCUAAGUUAAAAACUGUUACUAGUAAACGGCAGCUUAAUAGGACAGUCCAAAAUACCGGGUGGCCACUUAUAUUUUUCCCCAUUUGAACUGCCUAUAACUUCCAAACGGCUAAAGAUAAAAAUAUGCGGUUUGCGCUGAAAUAUUUUAUUUUAGUAAAAGUUUUGUUUGAAUGGAUUUGAAUUGUUUUAUAUCGCUUUUAAAUGUUUGACUUGAAAACGUUGUUGACUUUUUUUACUGAAACACCCAGUAUAUUUUUUUGUAAAUUGAAAGAACGGUCAUUUACCUAUCCAGCGAUAUAAAGUUUUUUAAAAUCGGUUGUCAAAUGACUGAGCAAUUAAUUUUUAAAAUAAGGGAUGCAAUGUGGAAAUCACAUAACAUAAUAUCAAUUUGCUUAUAGAGGAGUGCAUUUAGAUUUUCACUUCGGAAAAAAUCAAACAAGAUAAAACUUUUUGUAAUUUCAUUAAGAAAUGUUUAAUAAACAACAUAUCAAAAAGUUCUACUCGAGAAGUGGGUGCUUCAUUUUUUAUUAAACAAAUGAACAGCGAAGUUAGAUAUUUUUUUAAAUAACUCCGAAAAUAUAAUUUUUAGAAAAAACUGACUUGACCAUUGAAAAAUUCAGAAAAUUUUACAAAAAAAGCCUUAUGUAAAGAUUUUUCUAAAAUUAAAUCUCUAGCUUCUGUAAUUUUUUAUUUAUACCGCUAAAGUCACCCUUCUCACACACAUUGGCGCACUGUAAACUAGCGUUGGAAGAAGUGCACGGUUGAGUUUUUUAAUAUAACUCUUUAACUAAUGGAUCAAAAGAAAUUUUACUAAUUGGACAUGAAAGAAGUUUUCCAGCGAUAUAAAGUUUUUUAAAAUCGGUUGUCAAAUGACUGAGCAAUUAAUUUUUAAAAUAAGGGAUGCAAUGUGGAAAUCACAUAACAUAAUAUCAAUUUGCUUAUAGGGGAGUGCAUUUAGAUUUUCACUUCGAAAAAAAUCAAACAAGAUAAAACUUUUUGUAAUUUCAUUAAGAAAUGUUUAAUAAACAACAUAUCAAAAAGUUCUACUCGAGAAGUGGGUGCUUCAUUUUUUAUUAAACAAAUGAACAGCGAAGUUAGAUGUUUUUUUAAAUAACUCCGAAAAUAUAAUUUUUAGAAAAAAACUGACUUGGCCAUUGAAAAAUUCAGAAAAUUUUACAAAAAAAACCUUAUAUAAAGAUUUUUCUAAAAUUAAAUCUCUAGCUUCUGUAAUUUUUUAUUUAUAACGCUAAAGUCACCCUUCUCACACACAUUGGCGCACUGUAAACUAGCGUUGGAAGAAGUGCACGGUUGAGUUUUUAAUGUAAUUCUUUAACUAAUGGAUCAAAAGAAAUUUUACUAAUUGGACAUGAAAGAAGAUGAAAUAAGCUAUCUUAUGGUUGUAAUAAAAAGAAAUAAAAUGUAUGGACAUAAGUACGGUGUGGGCGGAAAGUGAGCCUUGCAUGAAUUUUGUUUAAAAAUGAUUUAAAAAUGUGUAACUAAUACAAUUUUACAUACAAAACUCUCAAAUUUGCACAACUUAACUCUCAAUCAUCUUACUAAACGAUGUUUUAUUAAAAAAAAAUCUCAAAAAUUUAAUUCAAAUAAUACGAUGUCUCAAAAAAUGUAAUUUUUGAAAACUUCGUAGUUUUACAGAAUUCGCAUCAUUUUAAGACGGUAUUACUCAAUUUUGAAUAAAUCAAAUACAAUUGUUUUGCUAUUUUUUUAAAGCCUGGGAUGUAAUCUUAAAAAAACACUGAAUUAUUUUAGUUUAAAAAUGAAAUAAAUAAUUUAUUUCUGAGAAAACUAAGAAAGAUAACAAAAAUGUAAUACAAAAACCGAAAAUUACCAGCUGAAAAAAUGUAUAUACAGAGUGAUCAAAACUUUUUUCUGUAAAACUUACCUAAAAUACAUUAAACAAUAAGCUUCAACAAUAUAAAUGUUCAACAAAAAAAUUUUCUUUUAGCUCUUAUACAGUAUGUUUGCGUAACUUGGAACCUAUUGAUAACUUUUUUAAUAUCAGUUUUACGAAAAAAAGUUAUUCGUUAUAACAUAUAUAACAUAAGAUGCAACCAUCAAAUAUCAAAUUUUGUUAAUUUUGUACGAGGUAUGUCAAAAAAUAUGAAUUUCACUCAAGAGUAAAGUACCUUUAUAUUUCACAAUAUCGAAAAUUUUUAUAAAGAAAAGUUAUUUGGAAUUAAAAACUAUGUUACAAUAUGUAAUUAUAUCCUUCUAAUCGAAAAUUUGUUUUUUUUUUAAAUAUUCUUUCUAAUACAUUUUAAUUUUUAAUAUUAUUGUGAAAAUUUUUGUUUAUCUUUUUUUUAAGAAUGAAAUUAUAUAUUUGUUUGAUUGGAUUCUACUUGUUUUUCAUUUAAAUAUUUGCCAUUUUGGAUCCGGCAUUUUGAAAUUUAAAUUUUUAAUAUUUAAUUCAGAUUCAACAACCUGUUAAAAAUAAAGAAAUAAAUGUUUUAGAAAAAUGUUCUUUUUAUGCUCUUUUUAGAAAAUCCGCAUUUUGGAUCCGUCAUUUUAUAGUUUAUAAUGUUAACAUUUAAGUUAGGUUUAUCAAAACACUCAAAAAUAAAUAUAUGUAGAAAUAAAUACAUUUUGUAAAGAAAUUAUGAUUUUACAACUAUUUUUUAAGUUAUUCACCAUUUUGGAUCUGUCAUUUUAUAAUUUAAAUUAUCAAAAUUUGAUUCAGGUUCAGCAACCUCUCAAAAAUAUCCACAUACCUAUAUGCAAACAAACACGUUUUAUAAAAAAAUUCGGAUUUUACAACUACUUUUUAAGGAUUUUUAGGAAAAAAUCCGCCAUUUUGAAUUUGCAAAUUGUAAUGUCAGAUUCGGGUUCAACAUAAUGAAAACUAAAAUAAAAACAUUUUUUAUCAAAAUAAAAUGUUGAAUUCACCCAUAUUCUUAACAUUAUUUAUACAAAACAAUUGCUAUUGUUUAAACAAUUAAUAAACAAUUAGCGGCGAAAUUUGUGAGUAGAACUUUUUACUUUAACAUAUUUAUAAACUAACAAAAAAAGUUUUAGAAAAAUAUAACCUUGUUCGAUUUUUUCCGAAACAUUGUAUCUUUUCGUUCUAAUUGCACUCCCCUAUUAUAGUAGUUCAGAGAAAUAAGGAAAAAAAAUAUCCUGUUCGUGACACAACCCCCUCCAGGCCGAAACCAAAUUUUUUGAGUAGUAUGGACAUCUAUAUUCAUAAUCUAUAUGUUUCCUGCAGCCGAUUUUGAUGAUAUACAUAGUUAUAAACAAAUGAAGAUCAAAAAACGGUAAAUUUUCGCCUUUUUCGUCUAUAACCAAAAAGUUAAGUAUUCUAAACAAAUUUGAGAGUGAGAAACUCAUAAACCGUAUAAAAAACUUUAACUUCAAUGUCUAUCCUUAUUGGUUGCUUAGAAAAUUGCAAAAUAAAUCAAAAUUUUUGAGUUUUUACAAAUAUUCAUAACUUAUGUAAAAAUUAACUUAGAACGUUCUUAUUACACGGAAUGCUGAGACUUCUGGUGCUUAAAUCAUACCCUAAAUUUCACAGCAAUUGGUCAAAUAGUUUAAAAGGUAUUUAAUUUGUUUAUCCCCAAUUAAUUUUUUUGCAACGCUAUAAGUCAGAAAAUGAUGAAUUUACAGUAAUACUUUGGAUAGUUUAUGAAAGAAGAAAAUUUAUACUAUUAAUUUAAUUUAAAAAAAAUGACAAAAAAUAAUUCUAAAUACUGCAAAAUUAUUUUGCAAAAACAUGUGAUUUAAAAAAAAGGGGGCUAACUUCGUCCCUAAGUGUCCUAGGACAAUUGUUUUUCUUUCUAAAUGUGUAUAAAAAUUCAGUCUUUCCAAAUAUGAAAAAAUAAUUUUUCUACUGCUAUUGGUUAAAAAGUUAUUCUAAUUGUUUAUAAGUAAGCAAAAAAUCGACGUCUUUUUGCAAAAUAAUAAUUAAGUCAAUAGUAUAAGUGUUCUUCUUCCAUAAACUGAUCAAAUCUUACAGAACUACCAGUUGAUCUUGUAAAACUUUUUCCCGUUGAUUAUAUGCAUGCAGUUUGCUUGGGAGUUAUGCGAAAGCUACUGAAUUCAUGGAUUUGUGGUACACUCUCUGUAAGACGAUCAUCUAAACGUGUUCAGAUAUUAUCUAAAAAUUUGGUAUCUUUGAAGGAGUAUACCCCUGUUGAAAUUAACAGGAAACCAAGACAACUUUCUGAAUUAGCUCGUUGGAAAGCUACUGAAUUCAGAACCUUUUUAUUAUACUUGGGACCUUUUGUUUUAAAAAAUGUCAUUGACAUUGGUAUUUACGAACACUUUUUACUUUUUUAUUGUGCAAUUUUUAUACUUAUUUCUCCUAAACUUAUUGUUGACCGUAGAACUGAAUUACCACGAACAUUUUUAGAUACUUUUGUUUCACAUUGCAAACAUGUUUAUGGUGUGGAAUACUUAAUUCAUAACAUUCAUAGUUUAACACACCUUACAGAUGACGUUGAAUUUUUUGGAGCUUUGGAUAAUUUUUCUGCCUUUCCGUUUGAAAAUUAUUUAGGUCAGCUGAAAAAGUUAAUCAACAGUUCAAGCAAACCUUUGCACCAAAUACAUAAUCGGCUAAUUGAAACAAAUAUCUCUCUAUAAUAAGAAAUCUCUUGAUUUAUUGUAUGUACAUCCAUCUGGCCCUAUUUUAAAUGUAAGUAAAUGUUAUGUACCGGGUGUCCGAAUAAGAAUGGCCCUCGGCCAUAUCUCAGGAACCGUUUAUAAUACAGAUUUGAGAAAAAAAAUAUUUAUAACAAAAGUUGCCUCGGGAAAAGCCUGGAAAUUAUUUUCAUAAUUGUAGGUUUACC